AUGUCAGAAGAAGAGGAGGAGGAAUACUUCAAUGCCAAACCAGAGAGUAGACCAAUAUUUAGUUAUAUCGAGGACAGACAACAACACAAAGAACAGAACAAGAAGGUUCUGCUAAAUCUAGGCGUUUUUGCUCUCCUCACAGCCAUUUCUUCCUUGAUUUUUAUGGGCUGGCUGUCCUAGAAAUCAAGAGACGAACAAAAGCAAGAAGUUAUCCUGCCAUUCCACAAUCCCAAUGAUCGUUCUGAGCUUUUAUGUCCCCUUAAUACAUCUUUCGACACUACUAAAUUUAGUUGUUUGGAAUGUUCGCAAAAUUGUGAAUAUUGUUAUCAUGAGUACACUUAAAGAUGUGUUCAAUGUGUUCAUCCUUAUAAAUUGAAAUCAAAUUAUUGUGUUGAAGAUUGUAUUUCAGUAGACAAUAUUUGCAUAAAUACUACAUAGGACUUAGUGAGUUUAUUUAACUAUUCAGUGGUGGAUUUGGGCACAGAAUUAAGAGUAAAUCAGUUAUUCCAAGUUGAAAUUCACACUCAUCUCUAUCAACAUCUGUACAUUAUAUUCCCUCCACUUGGGUAAUCAUUUAACUUUUUUUAUGAUCACUUAAAGUUGCCAGAAAUGGCUUAAUAGUUGAAUGCCACACUAUUCGUGUUUUCAACUCCAUAUACUGAAGUUUUAUAGGUCUAGGAAUUGUCAGACUCGAUUGAUGAGGAAUUUAGAUUUAUAGAAAGAGUGCAUGAAUUCAUUAACCCAUAUUUUUCAGAAGAAACUAAAUCAAUUAAUGUUGUUGGAUUGGGUGAAAUGCUUUUCUUUGCUCAUCGUUUAUCAACCUACAUGUAUGCAAAAUUAACUUAUCAUUUUAGAGUUCAGAAGAUGCCAGCAUCCACUGAAACUAAUGUAACAGUUGUUUUAAUGCAAACAUUGGAAUUCCCAUUGUAUGAUUCCUUAAACUUAGACUUCCUCCAAUUAUAACACCUACUCGCUUACAUUGAUUAGAGUUGGGACAUUUCACAUAAGGAAAAUAAGUCCAAUCUUAUAGCGAAUAACGAGGAUAGCCUCUAUUCUUAAAUUCAGCAGUUCCUCUUACAUCUCAGCUUCAACAAUUUGGUCAAUCCAUCAUACAACAUGAACAUUAAUGUGGUUGUGAUAUCAGAAAGAGGAUGCAAGGAUAUAUAAAAUUUAUAUUAAGAUGGGUUCAAUGCCAAAAAUUUUAUUCAGAUAUUUUUGGAUGACAAUCGCUUGGCUUCACAGUUUGCCAAAUUGAUAAGUUUGCAAUGA